CGGGUGGCGGAAUUUCCUCUUAUUUUCGUCGUUUCUGCGAUAACUACUAUGUUGAGGGACGGAGUGUCGCGCGGCGCGUCGUGCGGCAUCGCGCAGUGUCAGCCCGUCAGAGCCGUCAGUCGAGUCCAGUCGAGUUUCGAACUACGGAUCAGUCGGAGCUCUAUACAUCCGCCGCGCUGCGCCACGCUGUAUUUUUAUUGUUCUCACAUCGUCACGUCGUCUCCCGAACAGGAGCCGCGGGGAGAGCGGCCGCUCUUCUUGACAAUUCGACGACUGAUUCGAAUUACGCGAGGUGCGAGUUUGCUGAGAAGCUACAGAUAAAUCACCGACCGACCGAAAUGGGCUGCGGCUUGUCCUCGAUCUUGCUCGUCCUCUUACUCAACGUUUUUACGCGCGGCUUGCCACUGCAACAGGAGCUUUACGAAGGCAGUAAUUGCAAGCUGGAGGAUGGCAAUACCGGCGUGUGUAAGAAGAUACACGACUGUCCGGCCAGGCUGCGGGAGGUGUUGGAGGGUAAGAGGUCCUCGGACUCGACAGGACGUUGCGGUUUCAAAAACCGUAUUGAGAUCGUCUGUUGCCAAUUCAACAUCACCGAUAAGAUAGGACUUCGUCCGGCGGAAAUAGCGUGUCGUCAAUACGAAAACGAUAUUGGCAUCAGCGGCAAGCUGCGUGGCGAGCUUUCGGAGCUGCAGAGUACACAGGUGCAAUUCAACAUAUUCAACGGCGUGCAGGCCGACCGAGGGGAAUUCCCGUACAUGGUCGCCCUGGGCUAUGAGAACCAGGACAAUGGCGACAAUUCGGAAGCCAUCAAGUACAGCUGCGGCGGCACGUUGAUAUCCUCGCAGCACGUUCUCACCGCUGCUCACUGCGUGGAUAACGUGCAGGAGAAAGUACCGAUAGAGGUCAGAGUCGGCAACGAGAACCUGAAGAACAUCGACGGCGCACAACGAAUCUCCAUAAGCGACGUGAUAACGUAUCCGCGGUAUAAGCGCAGCACCAACUACCACGACGUGGCCAUCCUGAAGCUGAGGACACCGGUGCGUAUGACGAGUAAUGUGCGACCGAUUUGCAUCCAAACGAAAUCCCUGACCACCAUGGGCAUGCCGCCGAACGCAUCGUUCGUCGUGAUCGGCUGGGGCAUUACCAGCUUCGACGACGAAGGCAGUGACGUACUGAGGAAGACGCCAGGUCUCAGUUUCGUCGACAAGGAUUCGUGCGCCAAGUCGUUCAACGACUUCCUCAAAUUGCCUCGCGGCCUGGACGACAAUAUGCUGUGCGCGCUGGACAGAAACGAGUCGAGAAGGGCUGACGCUUGCUUGGGAGACAGCGGCGGCCCUCUGCUGAUGUUGGCCGGACCGAGUCACAGCAUCGUGGGAAUCACCGCGUUUGGCCAGCCCUGCGGGGGACCCACGCCGGGAAUUUACACGGCAGUCUAUUCCUACCUAGAGUGGAUUGAGCGGCAGGUCUGGCCGGAAAUGGAUGAGGAAUCGGACGAGGAGACGAGGUAGACGGCGGGUCGCCGUGCUCUCUCUCUCUCUCUCUCUCCCUCUCUCUCUCAUGUACGAACUUAUCUCGGGAUCGUCACGGUAAUCUAGUCUCAAGUCAUCGCACAGGAGAAGCGUAUUUUGUACUUUUUUACAUGUAUAUCCCCACUCUCCUCUCAAAGUAUAAUGUAUGUGUGUGUGUGUGUGUAUGCAUGUACGUGUGUGUGUAUAUGUGUCCCGAUGAGACAUGUUGCGAACCUUCCGCUGACAAUGAUCUUCCUUUUAUAUCCUGUCGUUGACUUCUCUACGUGAAGUCGAACGAAGCAAUCGCGCGUUCAAUUUGUUCAAGUGAAUAGCGAGGCGAGCAUGUCGAGUUUUCUUCGCGGACACGAUCGUUCGUCAAACGUGAAAAAUGGCGGAUAAAAAAGAAGAGGAGAAAAGGGAGGACGACGAACGGCUCGAGUACAUUCGCAGAUAUCUGGUGCUCUCGAGAAAAAUCAAGGCCGAGAAAUGGCUCAAGUUGUUAACGAACGAGGAAUUCAAGGUUCGGUCUCUUCUCUUAGAUCUUAACCUAAUCUUCCUCGAUCGUUUGCGGUAGUUGAAAGCGAGCGUGAAAACGGAAAUGAUAACUUGUCCAUGAAAAUGCGUGCAAUUCUGUAAUUGUUUAUAAUUCGUUCACGAGGUUAAUUACGACAAUUAUAACUGCUU